CACACAUUUACCGACGACGCAACCAGCACCUCACUACCGACCAUUCAUUACUCGGCACCGCGGCAACACUAACUGUAUGCGAUGCACUCGCGACACUAUUCCAAAUUUUGAAUUUUACUUUUUAAAUCCCGCCUGAACACCCAGUCUCCUUUGACGACCUGUCAUUUUUGCGCGCCAUUCCGCCAUUGUGUUUUCCUGUGUUUUGUUUUUUCUGUGAAUGCACUGCGUUUGAUUUUCCAGCGUAUUCGGAAAAUUUGAGCCCCAACUGCCCAGGAUGUCGCAGAACUGCAAGACGACAUACACAGCAGCAACGACGAGGGACGCCAACAACAACACGCUCUACCACACGGGGGCUGCGCAGGGGUACGGAGCACGGGGGUACUCGCCGCCUAAUGUCACCGCCGGCGGGAAUUAUCAGCAAGUGACGGCGAAAGUACUCUUUGGCAGCGUGACUUCGAUCAAUGACCUCAGCUACAAACGCCAGGAGAAGCCGGAACGCGAGGUCCGGCGGACGCAUUAGCGCCAUCUUGCCGCAGGCAUUGAAAAUGUGAUAAGAAAAAUAAUGGAAGCUAAGGUGUGAUCUCGGAAGACAGACUAAUGUCCAUAAAUACGAUUUUUAGAUAGAUGUUAAACUAUAAUAGAAUUUAUUUUUCAUAAUAAAUAAUUAUUAUUUUUCUAUUCUUAAUAAUAUCUUUUUCAUUAUAAAUAGCAGCAUAGCUAUAAUAUUUGUUUCAACGUUAUAAAUUCAAAAAGUAUUUUAAUGUUU